AUGUGGCCUGGUGUCUACACAGUCAACUCGUGUUCAGGAGUCCAUGCAGGUGCAUGGAUGGAGUUUCCAGACCACUGGUUUUGCGAGGACUACAUCAAGUUUGUCUCGGACGAUAGAGAGGCGUUGAACCAAGUAUCUGCCAUCCUCGAAACGGGGUCUCUUGGAAUCAAGUUUAUGGUUUGCAACCCACAAGGGAUGCCGGACAACAUUGGCUCCAAGGAAGGCUUCCUCGUCAUUGACUACCAGGACAAUGUGAGUGAAGCCCCAAAGACGUGUCGUACCUAUUGCAGAGCCAUGUCAUUUGUGCGAGAUCCCACCGACAAGCUUGACAGCAUGCUUCAUGUGAUGGCUCGCGCCCUCAAUAAACCACCCAGAGUAGAAUGCAGAUGA